ACUGUGCAUUCCAUUCAUGUACUGUUUCCUGUCGCGUCGCUAUUCCUUCCAGGAGAGGGCGGCUGCUUGCAAUAUCAGAUGCACUAGUGCUUACUCUGAAUAUCCUCAGCCCUAUCAUGUCUCUCAAUUCUCUGCUUUAUCAAAAUCAUCCUUGAAAUUUGGUUGCGGCUUACUGCAGAAUGGGUUUUCGUCUCAAUUCAGUUUCAGCUUUAUCUUGUACUGUCGUCUUGUUAAUAUAUUCCGGGGUCUCUCAAUGAUCGUGCUCAGUGAGCCGAUUCCUUUAAUGUUGAAACAUGUCGCGUUUGAAUCCUCAUUCUCAAGCAGUUCGUCCGUUGAGCUUCACUUAUAGCGAUGAUCUUGCGUUCACCGGUCGUGGAUCGCCGUCUCCCAGUCCAAGACAGGUGCCAGAUGAAUCGAGUCGUCUUGCGCAUCCUACGCCCUCGCCACGCUGGUCUGGAACCAUCACUCCAGAAUUUACUUCUGUUGAUGACUCGCGGAACGGUUCGAAUGAAAACAACGAAAAAAAGAAGGGCCCUUUGGUAACGAUCGAAUACAAAGGCACGCGAGCUCUCACAGGUCUAUCAGACAUUUCAAAAUCAGCUACCGGCGAAAGACCAAAAGUGGCAAUCAAGCCAGGACUUCGAAAUAACUGGAAGAAGAUCGCUCCUCAUAUCGUUGCAGCCUCCAUCACCGUUGCAGUAUGCCAGCUCAGUUUUCGAGAUGUAUAUUGGAUGGAUCUACGACCUCCGAACCAAUUGGUAGCACUCAAUCUCACUCAAGGAGGUGCACUCAAUGCCCUUCAACUUGCUGCAAAGCUUCACGAACUCAUAAUUCUGGCCUCGAUAUCGAGUAUUGUUCUUCACGCGGUCCAACAUCAUCUUAAUGGUGUGAAUGGACUACCUCUUGGUAUGAUCACUAAUGCUUUUGAACUGGGCUCUGGACAAUUUCUUCGUCGGGGAUCGUUUUGGUCAUCGUUAUGGCGUGUUGAUCCAGUCACCGGGAAACGAUCUCGCUGGCUAUCAUUUUGGUUAUUGUCAUUAUUCUCAACAAUACUCGUCACUCUAGCAGGACCAUCUUCAGCCAUUGCAGUGAUACCAACACUGGGAUAUUUUGAUCUUCAUCAUCCGUUCAAUGAGAUAAUCCUGCCGUACUUUAUAUUCAACGAAACCAUGCCGCUCUGGCCCACCGCGCUGACCAAUGCAAGUCUCAAUGCCAUUGGAACAGCCUGUAAUGAUCCAACGAAUCUGCCGUCACAAAAUGUCUGUCCAGCAGGAGGGUUCAGAGAUACGUAUGACUGGGCAGAAGCUAUCUGGUUUGGAGAUAGCGAUGCUGGGACCAAUAUCUCAUUUCCGGAUCCGACAGGUACUACUCAAAGGAUCAUAACAGCUCAGAGUUGUAAUAGUACCUAUUCUGGUAGGGCAUCUGCGAUUGGUAUCAAUGCGUUCAUCAGCAGUGCGUUGACUACUUAUUGGGUAUUUCUACAAAGGAACGCACGGGGAGUUGCACUGACAGCUUCUCAACCCCGCAUCAGUGUCGAUUCUGCAACAGACACAUUCGCUCCGCGCGUAGAAGUUAUUUGCAAUUCCUACAACAAUGCCGCAUUCGAUGCCCAAAAUCCAGACAAUCAAACUACCAUGAUGUUUCCAGUAUUUGGCGAUGGGGAUCCAAUUCCAGUUCCCGACGAAUAUUACAAAUAUGCAAGACCCAUGACUGCUCAGAACUUUACCUUCGUCGAGCUACAGCGAACCGACCCUCUCACCCCUUCACUUGGUGCUGUUGUGGUCAUUCCUAUCAUUGCUGAAAGCAUCAACGGCUCUUAUUAUCAAAGCACAGAGAACGUCGCCUGCAGUAUAUACUCCCAAUGGAUCCCUGUCGAUGUCUGGUACGAACCAACGGUCAACAACGUAGUAUCCUACGACGUGGCCGCCAAUCUCAACGACACAUGUCUCAACAUAGCCAACGAUCCCACUUCUACCAGACAACCAAUCAGUAACACCAUCGACGCCGUUUAUGCAGCCGCAAUCAACGAACCAAUAGCAUUCACCAACGGCGACGUCCCAGCUCUCCUAGCAAUGUAUCAACGCUACAUCUUCAACGACAGCACCUUCAUCCCCAACGGCAUCGACUUCCGGGCCCCCAUUCCCGGCAUCGCAACCCUGAACCUGACCCUCGGUCUCGCCACCGAAACACCGCUCCAAGGCCAACGCCAGCGCGGAAAACUCAUCGCAACAGUGAUUGCAGGUGCAGUAGGCGACGGCCUCGCUCGCGUUGCAGGAAAUGGCCAACUCCCCUACAGCGGUUCUGCCUUCUUGCUUCCAGAUCUGACAGCCGACGGCUCGCUACAAGGCCGUUUCCCGCUUUCUACUGCUAUCGGCGGAGACGAUAUACCGCUCAACGCGACGGCUGGGGCGGAAAAGGAUUGGUUGUCUCUGAACCCUACGUUCCAGCGAUACGGAUACGGGUAUCACUGGAGGGGCAGUCGAACGACACAAUUCGGCAUCUCGGUUUUACUCAUCCAUAUCGCGGUGGCGAUUGUGCAUACAAUCGUAGUAAUCAGUAAUGUAACGGGAAAACAUGGCGGCUUGCCUUGUGCGCCGGAGAAUAUCCCCGAGAUGGUGGCGUUGGCGAUUAAUAGUAGGAGUAGUGCGAGGUUGCGGAAUACGUGUGCGGGGAUUGGGAAGAGUCGGACGUGGGGGGAGCCGUUGGCGGUUAGGGAGACGAGUGAGGGGCAUUUGGAGUUUGUGGUUGGGGGGAGGGAGAUGAUGGAGUUUGAGGUGCCGAAGGUUGGGGUUGCUUAUGGGGCGUUGCCGGAGGGGAGUGGUGGUGAGGAGAUGAGAAAGAGGUGGGUUGAUGUUUGUAGGCAGGUAAGUUUUUAUUUGGAUAUAUUUAUAUGACCAUUAAACCCAUCAAUGAUGGAUGAUUCCCCUUCGUAUCUUCAUCCCGAAUGAAAUGCACCUCUUGUCUCCCAAAUUCACACGACAGACCGUAAUGUAUUGCAGGUCGAGUGGGCAUGAAUAUCCGAGGUUGUCUACCUACUUGCUGCUGGAUCUUACUGCCCAUCGUCGAAGGUCUUUUAAAUGCACAUAAUGCCCGAAUCGGAGACAGAUAUCUAGCUACAAUUCGUCACUCACUACCUAUG